AUGUCUGUAUAUCAGUCGAAGCGAGUUCUGUGGCCCAAUUUCCUAUCUCGGCUUCGAGAAGCGUUCUCGCUCGGCCCCCAUCAUGCUCCGGAAGAACGGGAGAUGGUCGCGAUGCAGGCGAGAAUAAUUCAACCAAAAAGGCUACAUCCCUCCGAACUAUCAAGAUUACAAGCAGCCAUCGAUGCGUUCCCUCCCCGUCCAGUGGCCGACUUCCUGCUCCACGUCUUCAUGAAGCACGCCACCGAUGUUUUUUUCUAUUUCGAUCAAGCUCAGAUGCUCGCCGACGUUGAUGAGUUCUAUACGGACUUAGACUCACCUUUGAGAUUUGAUUCAGCCUUCGUCUGCCUUGCCAUGGCCACCUUCGCUCUGGGGAGUCAGUGGACACCGCUGGAGAAGCCCGCAGGAUUCGAGCCUAGCCUACUACCCAAAGAGAAUGUAGAGCUCGGACAUAGAUUUGCGGCUCAUGCUAAGACCCUCAUACCGGAUAUCAUCGAACGCUCAUGCUUGAAAUCCGUUCAAGCCCCAUUUGUCCUGGGAGUUUAUUUCAUGCCUGCAAGUGCGAUUGGGACAUCCUACGUUUAUCUGGGACUGGCAUUACGAAAAGCUCUAGCAUGCGAUCUGCAUCUCAACUCAGAAGAUCUGUCCAUGACCGAGCGAGAUAUAGAAGUGAGAUGUCGUCUUUGGUGGUCUAUUUAUGCGCUGGAACGUUGUACCACUGUAAAGCUGAACCGGCCUCGCUCAACUGAUACCCGAAUAAUCACGGCGGCAUACCCGUCUCAGAACGCCGUCCUUGACCGAGCUCAAUCGUUCGAGAACCUCGACUGCCAGCUGGCUUACGUUCGCUUGGUCAGAAUACUUGACGAAAUCGCCGGUCCUGCUGAUGGAUUACCCAGCUCAGCAGACAUAUCCCAAUCAACAUGGAAAGAUGACCUCAAAGCAUGGAAGCGAUCACUUCCCCCCAACCUGAAACUCGACCAGAUCCCUCCAAGCAGCUGGAAGUAUCGAGCCAUAGCCCAUCUGUACCUGAACUACUACUAUGCAAUGAUCACGAUGGGCAAAGUCGCCUUGGUAACUUUGGCUAGGACCAAGUUGAAACCGCCCGCUGAUUGCGACGCACCGGAGAUCAGCGACAAGGUCAAGAGCCUGGCCAAUGGCUGCACAAAAGCCGCGAGGAAGAUUCUACGCCUCUUCGAGAGCCUGACGCGACAUCGAGUCAUCACCAGGUUCUCGUUCACCGAUUUCCAGGGCUGCAGCAUCGCAACUAUCGUUACCCUGGUCUCAGGGAUCUUGGAACGCGAUUCGGGGUAUGAUAGUCGGGUGGAGCUGGGAUUCAACUGUCUGCGGAAGAUGGCCACAGGGAAUAUGACCGCCAAAUUGGGUGUGAGCUUUGUUGAAGCGGUGCAAUCGAUCACAAAUGAAGCUGCGAGCAAGUUGCAACAACGGGACAAUCCUGCCAUGUCUCGAGGGGCUCCAACCCUGGAUGUGCAUUUGGGCUACAACCAGUGGCUGGAGUGGUUCGCCGUACAAGAAGACUCCAAAAGUCGCGAAUCUUGUGGGAUUGGGCCACGAGAAGAAGUCCCUUCGAGAGGAGAUAGUAGAGACCGGGAUGCGGAGUCAUGGUUGGCAGUACCGGCCACCUGGCAAACACCGAUGGAGCAACACAUCCCAGAGGCAACAUCCAUUCCUGAGGGUUAUUCGAUUCCGUCUUCGGGAUCUUCUUGUCCGCUUUUGCCAAAUGACUUUUUCUCCGGCCUACACAACGAUGAGCAGUCGUUCUUGAUGGGGCUAACUGGACUAGAUGCUCUAGGCGAUGCUGUUGACUCCGUGUGUUGUUCUGCCUAG